CGUGUUGCUGUGGUUACAGCAGAAGUUGUGUUCACUGUAUUUUUGACGUUUUGGAGUGUCGUAGUGGCGAGGGUGCUUUACGCUGAUUUCUAUGGUAGAAGUUCGGAGCCCCCGUCUGCGCUGUGCAGUGGUGUUCAGACGCUUGAUUCAUGGUUGCCUUUGGGUCUUGCGAAAGCGGUCAGUUGUGAUAAGAAUAGGAAUAUUGACAGCUUUUUUGGACGUAUAUCUCGAGAGGCUGAAGUGGUGACUGCCUUUUUGGCUGCGCAAUUCAGUUUCGUUACAACCUACUACGACUGGCUAAUAACAGCUGCAGAUGAUUUGUACGAGGAAUGGCUGUCGGAAAGGUUGCAGUCUUUCAAUGAGCAUUUUCUGGAUUUUUAUGAAAUUGUGCAGACAAGCUUUUGUGAUCUUAGAGAAACAUGCUUUGGUGUUUUCGUUCAGGUUUAUUUUGAUACAAAAGACUUCAUCAGUAAUGUGUACGAGUAUGUGGCACAUAAUUUAGGUUUCAGGAUUGUUGAUAAUAAGGAGGAAUUGUAA